UCUCCCCAGGUUUUUUUUUUUUUCAUUUUUCCGUUUUUUUCCCUUAUUGUUUCGUCACGCUCUCCUCCCCACUUUUUUGUUUUUGGCAUCUUGGUUUUCCUUGUUUUUCCGCCUCUAUCGUCGUCUCGUCCUCGAAAGAGUCUGUCUGUCUGUCUCGCUAAAAAUGUCGCCCUGGUAAUGGAGGGAAAAGAAAAGUAUGCUGUGCCAUGGGAAAUACGGGGUGGGAGUGGGGUGUUUUUUUGUUCUUGUCGCCGCCGGCGCUGCCGCCGUCGCUGCUGCUGCUAGCAAGGAGAAAAGCAUGGUGGAGGUUAGUUGAGAGGUUCGGGCUCUGGCUCAGGGCCCGUCUUGUCACUGUCAAAGUCGCUGUCAAAGUGACUGACACUGACACGCCUUCAAGCUGGCCUAACCAAUGGAGGAAGGGGAGUUAUGUAGAGCGCGCGCAAAGGAGGAGAACGCAGCGCGUUGGAACGGCGCAGUGCAAUGCAAUGCAAUGCGAUGCGAUGCGAUGCGAUACUGGAGGGGCGCGGGCUUGUGGAUACGGGGCUUUGUACAUGUAGUAAAGUAGGAGUAGGCAGGGUAGGCAAGUUUAGCUAGC